AUGUCAUUCGCCGCACUCAAAGCAAAACGCCAGUCAAAGGACAAAUCCUUCGUCUCUGUGCCCAACCCAGGACCCUCCGCAAGCGGCACGGCAGCACCAGCCUCCGAGGUCGCUGAGCACCCAGGUGAGCCUCAGCGCACAGUCGACACCUCGACCAAGUAUGAGCAUCAAGGCCUGUACAGUGCUCUCCCAUACGCGCUCGAGGUCCGCUCGACCCCGCAGUGCGGCAGGGGCUUGUGGGCCAAGCAGGGCAUUAGAGCUGGCACCGUCUUGAUCUCCGUCCGUCCGCACGUCCAUGUCCUGUCUAUACCACACCUCGACACCGCCUGCUCGUACUGCGCGAAUGCCGCUCCGAAGAACCCCCUGAAGAGAUGUACGGGAUGCCAGAGGGUGCGGUACUGCGACGCUGAAUGCCAGAAGAGCGACUGGCGCCUCCACAAGCACGAGUGCGGAGCCCUGCAGAACUGGGCCAAGGCGGCGCCUUCCGCCGAUCUGGCCGUGCCCAGCGACGCCGUCAGGUGCAUGGGACGCGCGCUGCGGGAUAGACAAAAGAAAGGACCGGAGAGCGCGUGGGUGAAGGAGAUGGACGCGAUGCAGUCUCACCGCUCUUCGCUGCACCCAUCGUCCUUCGAGUCGCACACACACCUCGCCCACUCCAUCGUCCGCUACCUCGGUCUCUCGUCCCCCGGAGAUCUAACAGCGUUUGGGAUUACCUCUGCUAGAGACUUGGUCGACCUUACCUCCCGAUUUACCUCGAACUCAUUCACGCUGGCCACACCCGCUCUCGCACCCAUCGGCGUCUCCGUCUCCCCGCUGAUAGCGCUCAUCAACCACUCGUGCGACCCGAACGCCGUCGUCGUCUUCCCGCGCUCGUCUACCGCAUCCACCCCGGCGAAACUCGAGCCGCAGAUGCAGGUCGUGGCCAUCAAGGACAUCGAGCCCGACACAGAGAUACUCACAUCCUACAUCGACACGACGCUCCCCCAGCCGAUCCGGCAGAGCGCGCUCAAAGAGACGUACUGCUUCACGUGCGCGUGCACGCUGUGCGCGCGCCCGCAAGAUGCGACGACGAUCGAUCCGCGGAGCGCGGUGUGGUGCGCGCAGCGGUGCGGGGGUGUGGCGUCUGUUUAUUCUGCCGGGGACGAGCUCGUCGUCGGCAGAUGCAAUACGUGUGGGUUUUCGGCCUCGAUGACGACGGCCGAGUCGAUUCUCGACGCGAUCAAUGUGAGCCAGGAGGGGCUCGAGAAGGCGACGGCGCUGCGAGACAAGGACCCAGAAAAAGCCCUCCAGCUCACAACCAACCUCUCCGGCAUCCUCACCGCCGCGGGCGCCCUCCCAUCUACCCACCCCCUCCUCGCGCUCACAGAGCUGCACCUCUCCCUCCUCACCGCUGCCUUCUCCCUCGCCAGAGCCAGGUCGGAAUCCGGAGAGAAUGGCGAUCCCGCCUCGGCAGCGUCGCAGCAGAAGCAGCAACAGGAGCUGCUAGACGACACAGUGCGCGCGUCGUCGCGCUACGUCUCUGGCGUGGCCGCUGUGCUGAGCCCCGGGCACCCCGUGCGCGCGAUGGCGCUCGCGACGCUGGGGAAGCUGCUUGCUGUUGACGAGCCUUCGCCUGCUGCCGAGCCUUUGCCCGCUCCCUCGGUCCCGCCGCCGUCGCCGUCGGCCGGUACAGCGCUAUCAGCCAACCAAGCGCAAUCCUCCUCGUUCCCGCCGUCGGGCGAACGCCGUCUGCAGCUCGCGUGCGAGACGCUCAUCCGCGCGCGGGAGGAGCUGCUCGUCGGCUUUGGGCGGCAGAACGAGGGCGGGGAGGUGGGCAGGGGCGUUAGGGAGACGAUUGCGCGUCUGGAGCGGGAGCUCGGGACGUGGCGCAGGGGUGUGCGGGACGCUGUGAGGGAUAUGGCGCCUGGGGAGGUGAGAGCUGCGAAGGAGGCUGCUGCUGCUGCUUCUGAGCAGGGUGCGGUGAGGGUGUGA